AUGGAAUCGGGUACCCCUGAGCCAGCGACCUCCCCCUCCUUGCCUCACCCAACCCAGGUCGCUCCUCCGGCCCUUCUCCAUGCGGUGCCCGCCAUGUCUCUCAAUGGGCUAGAUAAUCCCACCGUGGUUGAAGCCUACCAGAGUGCUCUGGCUGACGCCGGUGGAUGGAUCCUUCUACACUACACCGCUAGGGAUGAAGUAGCUCUGCUUGAUCGCGGCACCGGCGGGGUGCCCGAGGUACGCAAUGCCAUAGACAACUACGAGGAGAUCUCGCCGUUGUAUGGCUUUCUGCAGUAUCGACGGCGAAAGGUCAUCUUAAGAUACAUGCCUGAGGGGCUAUCGCGCCUCAUCCAAGCUCGAAGCAACGUUCAAUUUCAAUCCGUCCUCGACAAGUUUACCCCGAAUGACACCGUACUCACCCUGACUCAGGCAUCCGAGCUCAAUGAGAGCGCUCUAUCGUCCGCAUGUCUCCUGCACACAGCUUCCGGAUCGAUAACCUCUUCAUCGGGCUCUUUGCGGCGCCGUCGAUUGAUGGAAAUAACCGAAGAUGCCGAGGAAAGUGGAACAAAGGAAGAAAAAAGGAGCAGGGGCCAGAGCAGGAGCAGACACAGCUUCCUCCGCCGAUCACUGAGACAACGCAGAGCUCCGGCAGCCUAA